CAGAAUUCUAAAUCAUACCAAUAAAAUGUCGAUUUACAACUUUUACAGCGUUUUAGUGCUUUAAACGGCUUAUCACAGACAUGACAGGAUAUGGAUUUUAUAUCCUUUCCUUCUCUCAUGGGCGCAGCCAUCUUUAAUUUAUUCGAGAUUAGUCAAAUGAAGAAAGCAUUUUUGACAAUUAAUAAAAUGUUAAGUUGCUUACCGGUCCAAAUUAAAUAUAUGUUUUAUUUUGGAAUAUAUUUUAUUACUUCUGUACCUUAUAAGUAAUAUAAAUAAAAUAAAAUGAUACGAGGAAGUCUACAUACAUUUUGUGUUUGUUGACUCUUGUGUUGUUGUGCAUGUGACAUGUGCGCUGCGGUGGGAUAUUUUGAUCACCCAGCUAUAGCACUGCACUGAGCUGAGUGGGGGGAGGUGCGCUCUAGUCGGCCAGCCCAGCAGCGCCCCGUGUACGAGGGCCAGUAGUGAGACUCGGAGACGAAGCCCGAUCUAAACCCAUGACCAUGUCACUGACACUGAUCAGAAGUACGACUACGAGAAUAGAAAGAUGUCAGCAAAAUGACCGAACCAACCCUUCACAAGCUGAUGAUAGAAGCCUGCUCCAAGUUCCCCAUCACUUGGCAGCCAUAUUUGAUGACGGUUGCCAUGGUGCCGAGGUGGUAACAUACAGACAGGUUCUGGAGACCGCAAACACAGUAACAUCCCUUCUAAAUGCUCACUCCAAGUGUGGGGAGAUCAUCGGCCUUUAUGCGGAGCCUGGCAUCACCUUGCCUGCUUUCAUUCUUGGUAUUCUUCAACUCCCUGCUGCCUAUGGCCCUAUCGAUCCACAUGCUCCAAGCUCUAUCAAUGAGUAUUUCAUCAAAGAAGUUGGCAUCCGUAUUGUCUGUGUACAGAGCUGUCUAUUAGAGCACUUUGCCAAUGGUCUAGGCCAAAGCUUUGAUUGGGAACUCUGCCACCAUGUAGACCAAGAGCUGAUGUCUUCUGAGCUGGUUCCAGUGCGACUAGACGCCACCAAGCACAACAAGCAGGACCUGUGCAAUGGAGACAGAGAGGAACAGUCCUCUUCUCUGGCAUAUGCUCUCCAUACCUCAGGGACGACUGGCAGGCCUAAGAUAGUGCGAGUGCCACACUCUUGUAUAGUACCAAACAUCUUGGAUCUUCGAGUGAUUUUCACAAUCACCGAAGACGAUGUGGUCUUCAUGGCUUCACCUCUGACCUUUGACCCCAGUGUGGUAGAGAUGUUCAUGACCUGGAGCCAGGGAGCAACCCUCCUGAUGGUACCUGCCAAGCUCAAGAUGGCUCCCAGCUCUCUGGCCCAAGUCCUAAAGAGAAACCAUGUGACUGUUUUACAGGCCACGCCAUCUCUUGUAUCCCGCUUCUCAUCCUCGGCGUUGCAACAAGAUCUUCUUGGUGCCUCCUCUACCCUUCGCCUCCUUGUUUUCGGGGGCGAAUCCUGCCCCACUCCUGCUACCAUCGCCCGCUGGAGGGGGGCAGGGAACCGGACAGAGUUCAUCAACCUGUAUGGAAUCACCGAAGUCUCCAGCUGGGCAUCCUGCUUCCAGAUUCCAGAAGAGUGGAUAGAGAAGAGACGAGAUCACCAUAUUCCAUUAGGAGAUGCACUGAAAGACACCAUACUUCAAGUCAGAGAUGAAACCGGGCGAGAGCUUGAAUCAGGCAUAGGGGAGGUGUUUAUCGGGGGAUACCUGCGUGUCUGUUUCCUUGGUGAUGAAGAGUUACAAGUGUUAGUGAGGAGAGACCAACUGGUAAUGAGGUCAACUGGAGAUAUGGUAGAGGUCACCAACAGAGGGCUCCUCUUUCUCGGCCGUCAGGACGAUCAAGUCAAGCGUCAUGGCAAACGAAUGAGUCUCUUUCAUGUUAAACAGGUAAUUGAAGCCUGCCCAGAUGUUGAAUCCUGUGAUGUCAUCCAUACAGACGGCAGGUUGAUUGCAUUCUACACUCCGUCCAGCAAACACCCUACCUCAACACCAGCUCCAGUAGAGCAGUCUGGUCAAGAAAAUGAUAUCAUCCAGAAGACCUUCUCUCCUCUUGGAUCUGCCUCACCACCACUACCAUCACCAUCGUCGUCAUCACCGGUCAUGCCGUCGUUUGAUCUGGAGUUAAGUGAUACGUCAGCUGGAGUAGCAAGACCAACAGGAAAACAAUCAGUUUCUUCAAUUACAUCACUGAACAAGUUAAAAUAUGAUCCAUCCAGCCAGUCAGAUUGGUCAAGUUUAGUUUUCAAUCACAAACAAUCCUCAAAUAUAUCUGAAAUAGAUCUAGGUGACUGUUCGCUUGAUCUGGAAUUAAGUGAUACGUCAGCUGGAGUAACAGGGCCAACAACUGGAAAACAAUUGGUUUCUUCAAUGACAUUACUAGCUGAGUUAAGAUAUAAUCCAUCUACUCAGUCAGCUGAUGGAUCAAGUUUAGUUUUCAAUCACAAACCAUCGUCAAAUAUAUCUGAAAUAGAUCCAGGCGACUGCCAAAACAAUGACCGUGUAUCCGUAGCUAUCAGAGCAUUAGUGCCUUCGGAGGAUUCAAAGAACUCUUUGGGUAGUGUCCUGCAGCCUCCGAGGAGUGUUGCGAAGUAUCUGAGAGGGGCACUUCCAAGUCAUGCUAUCCCGGACCGGUUUGUGGCCCUGCAGGAGCUCCCCAUCACAAGACAUGGCAAGGUGGACACGGCAGCGCUGAAGGAGCUUCUUUGGCAGCUUGAAGCAUCUGAAAAGGAGAGGAGAGAGAAGCAGAACAUCAGAGGCCAAAGGUCAACAGGAAGAUGGCAGGAGAUUCUGGUCAGAGAGUGGAAGAACUGUCUCUUCUUGGCUGAAUCGGAUGCCAUUGGGGACCAUGACUUCUUUGUGACACUGGGUGGAGAUUCCUUCCAAGCUCUGCGCUUGGUCAAUUCUCUUGAAGCUUCCCUUGGCAUGCCUCUGCCUGACCUCAUGGAUGACCUCCUGCAUCGGACCUUCUCCAAGGUUCAGCAGACCAUCGGGCAACAUCUUCAACAGACUACUUGCGGCCAAAGUGAUCUUGAAAACCAUCAGGACAUUGACACCAGAAAUCAGAAGACAAGCAUUGAUUCAGAACAUUUUAUCGAAAAUCAUCACCAAGAAUACGAAAGUGAUAAGGAGGAACAGUUUGCCAAUAAAAACGUAGACAAAUUAUUUGCUGCAAGCACUGGCAAGGAAGCUGUUCCAGAUAAUGGUCUUCUUGAUAAUAAACCAACUCAGAUUGCUGUGAGAUCUGUGGAAAAUCAGGACUUAAACAUAUCAUUUUCUGAACACCAAAAGGACAAUUUUUUAGGAGUGGACUCUGCAACUCGAGGUAGGAAAAUGGAUGAUGAUUUGCUGACCAGUCAAGCACUCAAAAGAAAACUUUCCUCUAGAGAUCCUCUGGAUGAUGCAUCUUCAAAGAAGACAUCAAUUAGCCUAGAAACAGCACCUCCAUUGAGCUCUCAGAGUUCAAAUUCCCGAGCAGCUAUCCAAAAUAACUGUACUGUUUCAGUCCGGAGAGGUACCCAGAUUCUACAUCACAACUGCUUUCAGGAAAGGACAUCAGAAGGGGGCCAUGGAGCAUGUGCGGAGCCAUCCGUUGAACAGUCAGAAUGCAGUGUGAAUACAGGGAAGCUCUGCUUGAAAGAACAUUGGAAAGUGGACACUGGGAAAUGCGUUGAUGCUUCACCUCUUGUAGUGUGUACCAGCUCCAGCCAAACAGUCUACAUUGGAUCACAUUCUCACCGAUUUUUCGCUAUCACCAUGGAAACAGGGAAUGUCUUAUGGGAGGCGGUGUUAGGUGACCGGGUGGAAUCAUCGGCUUGUCUGUCGGCUUGUGGAAAAUACGUCAUUGUUGGUUGCUAUGAUCAUUUUGUGUACUGCCUGUCUGCGUCCUCUGGAGACAUCUGUUGGAAGUAUGAGACUGGAGAUGUGGUCAAAUGCUCACCAGUCUGUGAUGUCACAAAUGGACUGGUGUACGUCGGAUCACAUGACCAACAUGUCAUGGCGUUGCAAGUUCAGGAGGAGAAAUUUGAGAUGAAAUGGCGAUCGCACUGUGGAGGAGGAUCCGUCUUUGCAUCACCCUGUAUCCACCAUGCCACAGGAACUGUAGUAGCAGCCACUCUGAGAGGAAGUGUAGUAGCGUUCAACAAGGAGUCUGGAGAAAUGAAGUGGUCAUUCGCCUGCCCAAAGCCAGUGUUCUCAUCACCUGUUGCUAUAGACAACAGCGUUCUUGUUGGAUGUGUGGAUGGCAUCAUGUACUGCCUAUCUCAUGCUGGCAUCCAGCUAUGGACCCACACAGUCGAUGGACCCAUUUUCUCAUCACCAUGCAUCUCAACCCUCCACCCGCUCUCCCAGCCCCUCUCCAACGAUGAACAACCAUCUCGUCACACGGUCGUCUUUGGAUCCCACAAUGGCUCUGUAACCUGUCUUGACCCCUCGACCGGUCAGCUCGAGUGGACCUCCAAAGUCUCUACCUUCCCCAUCUACUCCACCCCUUUCGGCUUCACCCGGAACGGUCAUCGCAGAGUGGCCGUCGCAUCGACGGACGGUCAUGUUUGCAUUCUCGAUAUGCAGACAGGCAACGUACUAACUGAAAUGGUGCUUCCGGGUGAAGUGUUUUCAUCACCUGUCGUGAUUGAGGGUAAACGUGUCAUUGUAGGGUGCAGGAAUGAUUAUGUGUAUUGCCUUCAUUUGAAGGAAACUGAUUAGGAGACAGAAAUACUGCCAACAAAAUUCUUUCCAUUUGGGGCAUUAUGAAGUGGUAAGAAUGCAUGAUAUCAGGGCUUGAAUAUGUGUGUGAUAUUUUAUAAUUAUGCUAAAGUUUAUAAUAAUGAUAGUAAUGAUAGGCAUUUCUAUAUUACCGUCUAUCUUGAAAUUCAAUUCCGAGGCAUAUUUAUUAUUACCCCCGGCUUUAGCCUAGCUGCCAUUACAGCGCUCACAUAAUUAGGAAUUCGUAAAAUAAAACUGCUUUCGUUGUCAGAUUUUCAUUCCCCAACCUUGAGUUACAGAAUCACUUACAAUUUCAAGCAAUCUGUUAGUCUAAUACAAUGUAGCUGAUAGAGCCCUACAGCUUACUUGUCUCCAUUUGUCAAAAAUGUGUGGAGCUCCCGCACAGAUGUUGAAACUACAACAGUUUUUGCUUCUGGCAAGUACAUAUUCUGUAAUAAUCUGUAGGAAAUCCCAGGUUCCUAUUCAAGCAGCCUGGUACUGAACAUCCAGCACGUAUAUCAGUUUAAAACAAAAGUCUACUGCCUUGGUCAUUGUCUUGAACUCCAAUGCUUGUCUCUCCACAAUAAGGAAGAAUUGAAGGGGGUUGAUCCUUGAACCUAUCACCAGAAUGUAAGGCUGCGACAUCUUGUUUCUGUCAAUGCUGUUAAGAUAGAAUGUCAUAUCUGUCCCCACAGGCUUCAUAUCAAUAAAGGAGUUGAGAUUUUCGACUGUAGAACACUUCCCCUUUCUUUCUCUUCCUUCCCCUUCCUUCCUCUUCCUCUCCCAGUCAACACAAGUGGUAGAAGCCUGAGAGCAAUUGUUCUCAGUUUGCAAUUGGAACCCUAAUACUGUGCAGUAGUAGUCCUAGUUUUUUUAUUCUCCUGGGGCCCCAUUUCUCAAAGCCUUUUUUCAAUGACAAAUGACAAAUAUCAGUGACAAAUCUGCUGAUAACCAAUCAAGGAUUUCACUAGCUUAUAACAACAACUGUCAUUUGUCACUGAUGAAAAGUUUUGUGAAAUGCCCUCCAGCUCAUCAACUGUCCAACGGAAUGGAAAUCCUAUGACAUUAAGUAGUAAUAAUAACAUGCUGUUCUUGUGUAGCGCGCAGAUCACAUUGUGACAUAACGUCUCUAUGAACACCUUAAGUACACCUGUGAGCCAGGCUUGAUCGGAGUGUCCAUAACUGGCUUGUAACCAAUCCUACUUGGAGAAACGUUGUUUAUAUUUCUGUCUUCAUACUAGUGUCAUGUAACUUAAAUUCCUAUUGCCUUCUCAAAAACUCUGGAUAAAAGCAUCUAAAAUACACUAUAUAUAUAUAUAUAUAUAUAUAUAUAUUCCUGAUUGUUGCUAUGGAAGGUUCUGGUUUAGCUGGAAACUGGUGUUUUAAAGAGGAGCAUAUUACAUCAUCUGGCUGUGUCUCUACCAGAGCUGGCAAAUCUUUUGUUGACCUGAUAGAUGCUAUUGUAAGGAGCUUUUGGCAGUGUUUUAUCUUCAGGUGGAUGACCUGAGCAAAAGUGAAUUUUCUCGGAUGAACGGGCACACUUUGGGCACUGGUAACUAGUAAUUAUUUGAUGUGGGAUAUAGUCUCUGACGGUCAAGAAUUUCUUUGUGUUGUUUGUGACAUUGAUGAACGGGGCAUUUGACACAGAGCCUCUGUUUGGGGCAGAUAUGAACGGUAAGCCAUGCAGUGGAUCUGCAGAGCUCCCUUGCCGUUUCGCGCUGUAACUGUCUCAUGCCCCCACGACUUCACCAUCGCCUUACUCGCUACAGGUUUCUUUUUCUUUUUUCAUGGCUGUGGUACUGUCUCAUGAUGACUCUCAUCCUUGUUACUAACAGGGUCAGGAGCAUGCAAGCUUCCUUCUCGGAUUGAAAAUCUGUCCAUUAAUCUCUCUUAGCUAGCUAAUUACAAUCGAAAGAAUUAGAGCCUUUUGACCUUCUCGACCUUGGCAGCUUGUCCAGAGGUGUGUAUAGUUCUGUGGGUGUUGACGAAGUCGACCACGAUAGGGGCAUCAAAGUCCAGGGAGGCGUAGUCCCAACAGAGAUGGGGCAUUUAACGACGGGCAUUGUCGAUAGGCUUGUAAUAGUACAGUGUUCAUGAAUACCUGUCUAUUUGAUUACACCAGCUGACAACUUGGUUGACUAGCUGGAUAUUGAUUUGAUUUGAUUUAUUUGAUUUAUUUCUUUUAGUUUGAUUUUCUUUUUCUUUUGCACUUUUACAAUA